UGACGCCCGCGGCGAUCGUCGAGAGUCUCAUCGUGGUGGCGCGAGUCGGUCGAGGGGGGCGUUGUCGCGUGCUGGAAGCAAGGGUCGGGAGGUGUCGAUGUGUCUUGAUGGAGUGUCGCGAAGGGGCCACGACAAGCUUCGGCGCGGAAUUUCGCCUACGCCGACCCGAGCCCCUGAAGCUCCCCCAGCCAAGCCGCCGUGCCGCCGCCCCAAGCUCAGCCCAGACCCGCCUGCGGUCCCGCCAAAAAGGUCAAGCCACACCUGCUGCCCACGCCACGACACGGCACGCGUCUGCUGCCAUGGAACAAACCAAUGGUGACGUCGGUUGCUGCAAGUAGCUCCUGCUAUCAAUUACGACUGGUCGCUUCGCGCAUUACACGUCGCCUCCGUCUCUUUCCUCCACAACAGGUUGGUUAGCAGUCCGUGGCAAGACUUUGCCAACCCUUCUGAUCUCUCUGAAACCGACCCCGGAAUUUUUUCUCGCACUAUAAAAGCUUUGCGCCCUCAGCCUGCAAGCUCUGCGACAGGUCGGAGCUAUUGUCGAAGCUCCCCGGAAUCUCCGGUCUCUCCUGUCGCAGCCAUGGCACUUCAGACCACCGUCGCGAGGGUGUCCUCGACCGGCCUCAGAAUAUGCGCCGUCCUCUUUUUCAGAUUCUUUCCAGCACAUUUCCCGUCCAUCACUUUUGCCCUCUUCGCCAUCUACCUGCCCGCCUUCGUGGCUAGCUACUUUACUGAGCCUAGUGUGGAGAUUGUCAAAGACGAGGUCAAUGUCACGGUCAAGGAAACAACGGCCACACCUAAGACACCCCUCUUGGCCGAUGACGGGGUCGCUGUGGAGCAGGAGCCCGCUGUUGUGUCCGAGGAAAUCGAUGUCGCGGAGACCAUCAUCGUUGAGGAGAAGACGGUUGCGCCGUGGAAGAUCCUUGCGCUUGGCUCUCCCAGCUCCAGCCGCCCGAGCCUGUCCAUUGCGACACUACUUAUCAACUUACUGCUGGUUGCGCUUACGGGCGACGCGCUGUUCCGAGCCCGGUGGUAUUACCCAUCCCACGACCUAUCUUUUGUUCGUCUCGGAUAUGUCUCCCCAACCGAGGCCAACUUUUUGAUCCGCGAGCCCGAUCAGGGCAAGAUGCCAGUCACUCUGGAAAUCCGCAUUCUGGACCCGGAGCCGCCUUUCGACAAUCCUCUGUGGCAGCCUGGCGGCGGCGUUCGGUGGACGACCAACGAGACCGACUUUACCGGAUAUAUAAAGGCUCCUUUGCGACACUCGGAGCAGAGACGGUACGAAUGGAGGACGUCGAACAACCACUCUGGAGAGUUUCUGGCGCCACCAAAAGCGGGAGCGACAUCCCGGUACGAUGGCGGAAAAUUUACGUUCCUCUCCACGUCUUGCAUCCUUCCCCGCUUCCCGUAUAACCCAUUGGACCACGCGCUGGCCAUUCCAGGUCUGCGUCACCUGGCGAACAAGUUGCCUGAUCUCGGGGCACAGUUUAUGCUCUUUCUUGGAGACUUCAUCUAUGUCGAUGUUCCGGAAAGGUUCGGCAAGUCGGCUGAGGAGUAUCGAAUGCAGUACCGCCAGGUGUAUGCCUCCCCAGACUGGCCCCCCGUGGCGCAGAAUUUGAGCUGGAUCCACGUCCUGGACGACCACGAAAUCUCCAAUGACUGGUCCUCGAAUACCACUGGCAUCUACAAGGCCGCCAUUGAUCCGUGGAACAUUUAUCAGGCUGGUGUCAACCCACCAAGCUCUCAUGCUGCCACCAGCCGGCUACGGAAGCGCACCGGUGUGACCUGGUUUGAGUUUACCCAAGGACCUGCAAGCUUCUUCAUGCUGGACACGAGGAGCUACCGAUCUAGCAAUAACCAACCUUUCGAUGAUACCAACAAGACAAUGCUGGGCAAAGCUCAACUGGACGACUUCUUGGCCUGGCUGGCGAAGCCAGAGCCCCAAGGGGUCAAGUGGAAGUUCGUGGCCUCGUCCGUGCCCUUUACGAAGAACUGGCCGGUCAACGUCAAAGACACAUGGGGUGGUUUCCUGGUCGAGCGGAGAACUAUUCUUGAGGCUAUGUGGGAAGCUGGUGCGCGUGGCACUACCGUGGUUAUCCUCUCUGGAGAUCGGCACGAGUUUGCGGCAACCAAAUUCCCACCUCCUCCUGAGUCGCGGUGGCCCGAAAGCGCCACCGCGUUCGAGUUCUCGACAAGCCCCCUCAACCAAUUUGCAUCCCCAAUCCCCUCGUACAAGCAGACGGACAGCGAGGACAUCAAGUUGCACUAUAUCCCUUCGGGCAUGUCCAAGUUUGGGUCCUUCACAAUUCAGGAGGUGUCUGGCGAGAGUACGCUUCAGUAUCACCUAUACAUCGAUGGACAGGAGAGAUGGAGCACGCUGCUUGUUGAACCGCCUGUAGCGGAAGGCUUCAGCUCAGGCAGGUCGUUUUGGGACAGACUCCGGUUUUCGUAACUCAAAUGCAAUGUUGAUAGUGGGUUCGAGCCGCGAGGCUCCGGGGCGUAGGGCUUUGGGAUUGUAAAUAAUUAUGCGGCUUGUGUCGAUACCUUGUGGCUAUGGUCAUAGUUUUGGGUAAAUACUUGAGUAUCGGCUGCUUCAAGGGCGGCCUUUCGUGCCGCUAUCGGCGCUGCGGUCGUGCAACUGUUGUCCUC